GCCACGGCCAGGAAGUGAGUGAAGUGCUCGAGUUUUCUCCUUCUGCUCUCUGCUUGCCAAACCUCACUAGUUUCCAAGCCCAAAGAAGAAAACUUGUCCCACUGUCCUUAUCUCUCUUAUUUUGGGUUUCAUCGUUAAUUGCCCACUCUUUCUCUUCCCAGCUCGUUGCGGUUUACAUUAUUUCCCCAUGCGUGUUCUUCUUUCUCACUUCACUGAUUGAAUCAGAAGAGGCAAAAGUUGAAGUAACAGUCUCCUAUGGAGUCUCUCCUCCUCCUUCCAUCGUUCUUCCAACCGUCAUCGUUUCAGCCAUCUGAUGCAAGGAGUUGGAGGAACGACUCUCUUAAACCAGGCUCUUCUAGAGGUUCUACCUCCACAUCAUGGGCCAAACUAGAAGGUUGUAGUUUUAAGAGCUUUCAGCGAGGUCACAGCAGGCAUAAACUGAAAUCUAUCAAAGAACAAUCUUUCAGUCAACAGAGAAGCCAUACAAAGUUAUUAUCUAUCAAUGCCACCUCUGGCUCACAGCCACUCGAAUCAGAUCCAGAAGCUUAUGGUGCUCCCAACAGUGCUUCGGAUCUAGUUAAGAAUGCAUUCGAUGCAUUCUACAGAUUCUCACGACCUCACACAGUUGUUGGGACGGCAUUGAGCAUUGUAUCGGUUUCUUUACUCUCGAUUGACAAGCUUGCUGAUAUUUCUCCACUAUUUUUCACUGGGAUGCUGGAGGCAGUGGCUGCUGCUCUCAUGAUGAACAUUUAUAUCGUUGGCCUAAAUCAGUUGACUGACAUUGACAUAGACAAGGUCAACAAGCCAUACCUUCCAUUGGCAUCCGGAGAGUAUUCUGUGGGCACUGGUGUAUUGAUCGUUACAUCAUUCUCCAUCAUGAGUUUUUGGCUUGGAUGGGUUGUUAAGUCAUGGCCAUUGUUUUGGGCCCUUUCCAUCAGUUUUGUCCUUGGCACAGCCUAUUCAAUCAAUCUGCCAUUACUGAGAUGGAAGAGGUUUGCAUUUGUUGCAGCAUUGUGCAUACUGGCUGUUCGUGCGGUGAUUGUUCAAAUAUGCUUUUAUCUGCAUAUGCAGAUGCAUGUGUUUGGAAGAAGUGCCAUAUUUUCAAGGCCAUUAAUUUUCGCAACUGCAUUCAUGAGCUUCUUCUCCGUCGUUAUUGCAUUGUUCAAGGAUAUACCAGAUAUGGAGGGAGAUAAGAUAUUUGGCAUCAAAUCUUUCACUGUCCAAUUGGGCCAAAAACGGGUGUUCUGGACGUGCAUCGCCCUCCUUGAAAUUGCUUAUGGCAUCGCGAUGUUAGUUGGAGCAGCGUCGCCCUUCAUGUGGAGCAAAGGCAUUACGGUGAUAGGCCAUAGCAUCUUAGCCCUAUUGCUCUGGAACCGGGCAAAAUCUGUCGAUCUGACCAGCAAAGCUGCAAUAGCUUCCUGCUACAUGUUUGUAUGGAAGCUGUUUUAUGCCGAAUAUUUGCUUAUACCGCUCGUGAGAUAAUAGUAAACAUGGCAAGACGAAAUGAACAGGGAUCAGGGCGAAUGAUCGGAACGAGAAGCUAGCAUCAAGUAAUUUGGCUGCUCUGAAGCUUCUUCUGUGUAGAGCAAUUGAGAAGAAGCACUUGUAUAACUAACUAUCUGGAUUGAAGAAUCACAAUUCCCACAAUGAUGCCUGGGUGACAAUAGGAUUUAGAAUGAUUACUGGGUAACUUGGGCAUGUAGAUCACCUGUGAUUCAAACUUUAAACAUACUGGUUUAGCAGUAAAGUUAUACAUUGAAUGUUAGUUCACUGCUAUUGCAUCUCUUUCUUCUUAUCUUACUCUGGCAAGGGUAAAGUCUCUGACUUUAUAUCAAGUCUAGAUGAACUCCAGCUGAUUACCCAUUAUGAUUCUUCAGAUCAUGAAAUAUUGUUGGAUGAACAGAAUAUACCAGGGAGCCUAUGUUUCCAGAAAACACAAAGCCCAGCGAUGGCAGAAACAGAGGGAUUAGUUAUUCUCCGGCGAGUAGUUAAUUACUUACCCACUAUUCGAAGAACCUGUCUUUGUCUCGGGGAAGGAAGGAAGAAGAAGCUUCGAUUCAUGCUCGGAAGCGAAAUCCCCGAGACUGGUCACUCAAUUCCUCCGCGGCCCGGCCGCCACCGCCAGAACCGCGUCGGCUGCGGCCACCCAAAACCGCCGUGACAGAGGGAAAAUUGUAGAAAUGUCAGGAAGGUGAAGAUUCUUCCGAUCAAAGAAGGGAAAC